AGGUUUGCGGUACGUAUGAAAGCUUUGGGGUGCUGCGGGGACCAUAGAGGGCGUUUGUGGGCGACGGGAGGAGGGACGUGAGGUCGGCGCGGGCUUUGGCGCUGACUAGAUAUUGAGGCUCGCAAAGGGCACGGGUUGGGACAUUGCUCCAUAACAAGUUGUUUACUUUUAAUUUAAAUUUUAAAAAAUUGUGUCUUUGAGACAUGCUCUCGCCAUGUAUCCUAAGCUGACCUCGAACUCGUGUAGCUCCUGCCUCCGUCUCCUCAUGGGUCAGGCGGAGAAAGUGCGCCUUGUCACUGGCACUGUUAGGUGACAGCCACUUGUACCAUUCUGUCCAAAACGACCACACCGCCUCGUCCCUCCCUUCCCAAGUCCCCCCUUUGGUUUGUGGAGCCGGUGUUUGAAAACCCUAGACUAAAUGUGUUCAGAAUCAUCCGUUUGUCCGAUUUUGGAAAAGUCUAGGAUUCCUGUGUUAUGUUGCACUUCUACUGAUAACCCCAAAUAACACCUCUAACCCAGACCAACUUUUCAAAGGGCAGACUGGAGAAGUGGAAAUAAGCAACCUAGAUCAUGACAGAACCUUUGUUCUGUCUAUCAUUUACCUACCUACCUACCCACCUACCUACCCACCCUGGUUGUCCUGCAAUUCACUCUGUAAAUUAGGCUGGCCUCGAACUCAGAUCUGCCUGCCUCUUCCUCCCGUGUGAUGGGAUUAAAGGUGUACACCACCAUUGCCCAGCAACCAUGGUUUUAUUAUUUGUCCAGUAUUUUAGGAAAAAAAACAAAACAACUCGAGUAGAAGUGCCUUAAGAAGAGAUACUGCUUUUGUAGUACCAUCCACUUCUCAUCGCCUUCACCUGGCUCCUUCCAACAUGCAGGGCAGCACGAGAAGAGCGGGAGCCAUGACAGAUGUGCAUCGGCGCUUCCUCCAGCUGCUGAUGACUCAUGGCGUGCUGGAGGAGUGGGAGGUUAGGCGCCUGCAGAACCACUGCUACAAAGUCCACGACCGAAAUGCUACUGUAGAUAAGCUGGAGGACUUCAUCAACAAUAUCAACAGUGUCCUGGAGUCUCUGUAUAUUGAGAUAAAGAAAGGCAUCACAGAGGAUGACGGGAGACCCAUUUAUGCACUGGUGAAUCUUGCUACAACUUCAGUUUCCAAAAUGGCCACGGAUUUUGCAGAAAACGAGUUGGAUCUGUUUAGAAAGGCUUUGGAACUGAUCGUUGACUCAGAAACUGGCUUUGCUUCUUCGACAAACAUUUUGAACCUAGUUGACCAACUCAAAGGUAAAAAGAUGAGGAAGAAGGAAGCGGAGCAGGUGCUGCAGAAGUUUGUGCAGAGCAAGUGGCUGAUUGAGAAGGAGGGGGAGUUCACCUUGCAUGGCCGGGCUAUCUUGGAGAUGGAGCAGUUUAUCCGAGAGAGCUACCCAGAUGCCGUGAAGAUGUGUAACAUCUGCCACAGCCUCCUUAUCCAGGGUCAAAGCUGCGAGACGUGUGGAAUUAGGAUGCACUUGCCUUGUGUGGCCAAGUACUUCCAGUCUACCGCCGAGCCACGCUGCCCCCACUGUAAUGACUACUGGCCCCACGACAUACCAGAAGUCUUCGACCCUGAGAAGGAGAGGGAGGCUGGCAUCUCCAAGUCGAGCAGAAAGUCCUUGCGGACCCGGCAGCACUAGCUUUGUCCUACAUCCUUCUGGCUUUUGGUGGGCUGACCCUCACAGCCCAUUUAGAACUGCUGGACUUCCCUUGUUGGUAUCUGCUCUUAACAUGUUUUUAGUAAAUGUUUCCCAAUGCC